ACGAAACACGGGCAGAGAUAGAAGAAACAGGGUGGGACUGAGAGUAAACAGGAUAACAGCCGUCAACGCAGACUCUGGUGGACACAUCUUUGCUCACAAAAGACAGCUGAUAUAUUCGUUAAGGUCACAUCUACAAGAUUUAGUAUUUGUUUAACUUGUUCAAGUAGCGUAAAGUGCCUCCUCCAGUGUUGCGUUUUUACCGUUUUUGUGAAUCCAGUUCUUCUCCAACUGAAAGAUGAAUUCGUUGGGCAGUUCUUCCAAGUGGACAUCUUACGACUCUCUAACCUCCACCUCCAGCUUCCUAUUUAGUGAAAGUGAGCAGACUGAGGAUGAAGAUGUUUUCUCAGAGGGAGAAGGGUACACUGUAAUCAGAAAGCCCCUCUCAGGUGAUGAAGGAAUCACACUCUCUGAGAAGUAUCUUGGUUUUCCAGCUCAUUCAAAUCAGCUACACUCAAGAUCUAAGAGUGACCAGCCUGAACACUGCCCCAACGAAACAAAGCACUUGGACCCAGCCUCUUCCCCUGGAGUCGCUGCGUUAGGCUCGUCUUCAGCAACACCAGGAGACCUGGCCUUUGCCCAGAAAUGUGCAGAUUUGCAGAGGUUUAUCUGUCCCUUGCUUGAGCUUCUACAAGGACUUAAGACCGGGCGGUUUGACAAAGGUCUAUCCAGUUUCCAGCAGAGUGUUGCCGUAGACAGAUUGCACAGGAUUCUUGGGAUUCUACAGAGACCUGAAAUGGGUGAGAAAUACCUCCAAAACCUGCUGCAGAUAGAGAUGAUGCUCAAAAUAUGGUUCCCUCGGGUGGCAUUUCAGUCUUCAGUUAUAACAGUCCAGACCACCACUCCCAGAAUCCGUCCACGGUGGCGCCAAAAUCAGCUCCACAUGCCAGUUAAGAAGAGAAAACUGAGCUGGUCAGACUCUGACAACUCCUGCGAAGUCCCAACCAAGCAAAUGCACUAUCAACAUGGAAAAUAUGGGAGCUGCCAGGCUGCGACUCCACUUGACUCUGUGGCCACGUGUCUACCCGAAUCACCAAAACAGCAGAGAGCUCCAGAGGAGGAAACCGUUAAACAGGCAGAGGGCAGCUGCACAGCUGAACACGAGUUUACAUACAGCACCGACACUUCAGUCAGACGGUUACAAUUAUGGAGCAAGAGAGGAAAUGAAUAUUGGAAGCAGUCAGAGAUUUCCCAGCCCUCUGCUUGUGAAAGACUGGCCACACAGGACAGCUCCGUGUCCUCAAGCAACAUCACAACUACGUCUGACUCACCUUAGCCGGCCUUAGCUGACCUCGCUACCACAUGGAGGUGCCACCGCAUGCCAGCCAGAGUGAAGGCAGAGGGCGGACUCGAUUACAUAAGGAUAAAGUUAGGCGCAGAGCCAGUCUGUGAUGGCUGCAAGGCACGUAAAACCACAAGAGGAGGAGGAGAAAUGCAGCAAGACACUCAUUAACCCUUUACUAUCCAGUGUGGUUUUUCAUUACUGCAGAGUUAUUGCACUAUAAUACCAGGAUUUGUAUAUUGUGUGUCACUUUUGUAUACAUUUUCUUUUACUAAGUUAAAAAAAGGAUGUUGAAAAUACUUUACAUGUGUUAUGCGUCUAAGCAGCCUGUGCUCCGUUUUUGUACCUUUUCAUAUCAUAUCAGCCCUACUAGUACAAUAUAGGAUUUUACAACACUAGUGAAAAACAGAACUAACAUAUCAUUUCUAAGAGCGUGAAGAAACAGAGAUCGUUGCUGGUACAGUUUAAAGCUGAAACAAUUAGUUAGUUGUCGUUUUCAAGCAGAAAUGCCCUAAAUUUGCUGGUACCUUCUUAUAUGGGAGCAUGUAAUGGGUAUUCGUGAUGGGACAUUUAAAAAAACAAACUUUUUUUCUGACAUUUUUUUUAGACCAACUAAUUGAACGAUGAAUCGAAGAAAUAAUAGGCAGCUUCAUUUGUAGGGAAAAUAAUUGUUCACCAAUCAGGGUUAUUUUGGUGAAUCGCACUACUUUUCAGGUGGUUUGGUUCCAUAAAGCAAAUUUAACUAGUUUCCCAGUAUAAGUUGCCACAAUAACUUAGCUUGAACUAUUUUGAAUUUGUUUUAUGGACAGAAUCAACUGAACAUGAGUCCGACUAACCCAAUUUUUUUAUUUAUUUGGGGUUUUAACAAAAAAAAAUCUGCCAUUUAGAAACAUUAAAAUUGAUUUUGCCGGCUGUUUGAUUGUAGCAUAUGGUGGAGCAAAGGUAUGUAGCUGCUGCCAAGAUGUGCCAAACAAAACCGAUUUGCAUUAUCAUAUCAUAUACAACUUACGUCAGUUCACAGUCGCUACUUCUUUAUUUAUUAUCACUUAACAAACGCGCAACAUUUUUGCUUCUAUGUAAAUUUAAAUCGAUGUAGCUACACUCAAAGAAAAGGUGCAACAUGCUGCACAGGAAAUACCACAACCUGAUUGAUCAACUAUCACUGAGGAUAUAUGACAUGUAUGGCUGAAUGUUGAUAUGUCAGUUACUCCAUACUCACUAGCCAGUGAGGUGUAGAAAGUGUUGAAAACACUAUUUUUAAGUGACUAUUUUUUAAUAUUAUAGAGCAAGUAUAAUAUAUUUGAUCCUGUGUGUGUUGGAAUAGAUGUAACAGCAUUCUGGAUGACCAUGAGGAAAUGUUACACAUUUGUUAACAUCAAAGAGUUGUGAUUUUAUUUAUUUAAGAGGAUCAGUACUUGAAAGUGUCCAAAUGGACAAAUGGAUGCUUUACAGGUACUUUAAAGAAAGACUUGUUAUUUGACUGUGGUUUGUUUGAAAUGUAAGCGUUUUGGCGGUGGAUAGUGGGCUAGUUAAAGCACAUUUUACUUAUUGCCAGGCUUAUUGUUCACACAAAAUGCCCCAAAUGUGUCAAAAUGAGUCAUUAUGAGGGUAAAGAACAGCUUCUGUGUCCCAUUUAAAAUGGAUUUGUAUUACUGACUUGCUGUUUAAAAAUUUGUAUCACUCAAAGUGCUUUACUUUUGACUAUGUAACGCAGAAUAUCAUGGAGAUGUGAUAAACAAAUUUCCAUUCCUGACCACCAUGUUUUAAAUUAGAUAUCAUUCAUGUUGAAUGGUGUUUCAUCUCUGGUGGUUUGUCACCAGUCAGCCUUACUUAUAUUUAAUAAGAUAUAAAGGUAACCAUAAACUGGCCUGAAAUUCCAUCAUCAGUCAAGUAAAGAGUGUUAUUUAUUUAGCGAUGCUUAAAAUCUUCAUCUCACCACAUAUGUCAUUAAAAACCAAAUGUGCUGUUGAGUAGUCAUUUUCAUUGGCCCUGAGUUAUGUUAUUUAAAAUGGGAACCGAAAGGACAUGGUGAUAGAGAACAGUGUAGUGUUGUUUUGGUAUAUAAAAUGUAGCAUCAUGCAUUUGUGAAUUAAGAGAAAAACUGCAAGUAGAGUAAAAAAAUCUUGUUUACCAGUCUAUUUCUUGUUUUUCGUUUCUUUGUUUCAGGCGACUUCUUUGUUUCUGAUAAUGAAAUUGUCAUUAAUGGUGACUGAUUGAUAAAUGCACAUAUUUUUAUAUAUUAAAUGAAUUACAUGGUUCAUCAAAAUACAGUUUGUCUAUUCAUUUCUGGAAUGAGAAACACUAACAAUCUACGCUUGUCAUAAAUCAGAUAAAUUUCCAUUUUCUUGAGAUUAAAGCAGUUUACCACGUAGAAAUUAAAUGAAAUCUGGCUAAC